AUGGAUUUGAUGGACACAGCUCCUGAAACCUUGAAGACAGCGCUGUCUGCUCCGCUCCCCGAUUCUGAAGAUAAGAGCUCCACCGCCCCUCAGCCACGCGGACGAAACGGGAAACAGAAGAGGAGCGCAACAGCCGCGACGUCCGCUGUUCGCAGCUCGCCGAUCGAGAAGAGGGCCAAGCAAGAUUUCAUCCCUGACGCCGAUGGUUUUGUCCCGGCCCGGCGCACUGCAAGACGCAUGCAGUCUUCGACGACGCUUCCAACUGCCGUCGCCAACUCAGUCGACGCGCUCGCUGACGCGCCGGACCAGCUGCCGCGCGAUCCUGCGCCGAAGAAAGACUCCCAUCUUCCGCCGGUGGUCCUCCAGUUUCGGCCGCCCUAUGGGGAACUGCAGAAGUUGUUGCGCAGCUGGACAACGGCCGUGUACACCGUGAAGCCAGCCGGGCGUGACUCUUAUCGUGGGUGUGAGGUGUGGAAGCGUGCCAUCGCUCGCCAACGUGGCCACACACCAGCGCCACGUCCGAAGAAGCCAGCAACGAGACGGCCCGGCGUCUCUUUCGCGGCGGUAACGUCAGGGGCGCCUUCCGCCAUCCCGGCUGCGUCGGCUGCUCCUGCCCCUGCCACAUCCGAGGCCGUGCCGACACCUGAGGCUCCUGCGCCUCCACCACAGCUGCUAGUGGCGGACCCGGGUACUGCCUCUCCCAGGACGUCGGCCGGACCGCGCCCCGCCAACCGCCGGCGCGGGGGUCACCGCCACAUGGGUGCCCAGCGCUCAGCACCGUCAGUCGAGCAGCCCCAAGUGGACUCUCACAGCGAAGCAGCCACGCCUCCCCCUUUCAGCGACGGGGCCGCGCCGGCUGCCUCCACCGCUGACCUGGCCAACCUCGUCGCGCCGCUCACUGCCCUGGUGACCAGUGCUACGAAGUUGAUUGAAGUCCUGUCGUAG